AUGAUUUGUAAGGAGGACGUCGUCAAUUGGUUCAGAGAUCUGAAGAGUUACAAUAGGAUAGAUACCAUGUGCGUCCUGUUAAACAUGUGCCUUCCGUUCGAGCUCCGCUUCCUCGGGACAUACCUGGAGGAGCUGGGCCGGCGUGACGCACCGGAGCUACGGGGGGCCGAACUGAAGGUGAACAACCCCCAGGAGUUCAUAGCGGACAUCGCCUCAGGAGAGCCGACGGACCGGCGGAUCCGGCGCAAAAUGGCCCUCUUCUUGGCGCUCUUCCGCACGUGCAACCACACGUACGCCAACGAGCUGUUCAAAACGCUCGAAGGCUGGGGCGCCCGUGGUGACCUGCAGCGGUUGUUCGAGGAGGACGUCUUGCAGGAGCUGCUGCUCGUGUACACAAUGGCCACCAACCAUCCGGUGUUUUCGUUCGAGCAGCGACUGCAUUGUGGUGAGAUUUUCACCAAGCUGAAAUCCUGUGAGCCAAAGCCUGCGCAGCGGUCAUAUCAGCAGCAGGACUCACGAGAAGAUUCGCUUGAGCACCAGCAUCAGCCAUCGCAUCACCAGCACCAGCAGCCAGUUACUCAGCAUCAGCAUCACCAGCAACAGCAGCAAUCGCGGCACCAGUCAAUGGAUUCGUUGCAUAGCAACAGUCCGCAGCAGUCGCCCAUUCAGCAGCAGCAACAGCAACAGCACCAACCGGUGCACCUGCCAAAUUCGACGCCACCGCCAGCACCGGGAACGGCCACCCUGCACCCAGCACUGACCCCGAACGCUCCGAUGUCAAUGCAACUUGCGCCGCAAAGUGGAGCGACCACCACGAUCGCUCUCAGCUACCUAGGACAACCCGGUUUGACACAGAUGAUCACAAACGAUGGCUCGCUGACGACCCAUUAUAUGGAGCCAUUGCCCCAGCCGACGCAGUUGCCACUGCAACACGAUUUCACGAUUCCGCCUCCCGGUUCACUUGCCACAGGCGUGCCUGCCCGGUGGGCACAAUCCGUUUAUCAACAGUUAUCCCACCCACCUCCGGCGUCUUCACCGCAUUUGAGCAAUCCCUCCUCACCGAUACACAGCCGGACCGCAAGUCCGACGCGGAUUCAUCCUAACAGCGUGCAACACCGAAUUAGCCGGAACCAACAAAACGACCAACAGCAACAGCAACAACAGCAAAGCCAAGUGCAGAUGCAGAGUUUAAAGACUGUCGACGAGGACCAGACAAUGUUGAUGAUGAGCCAGAUGCAAGUGCGGAAUGGUAUGCGGCCGACACACAGCACACUGCCCCGGCCGUCAAAGCAAAGCUACGUUAGUCAGCUACCGCCAUAUCACCAUCAGCAGCAGCAGCAGCAGCAACAACAUCAUUCCCAACGGGGUGACGGUACCAGCGGAGGAAGUGGGAACUAUCCUUCGCUGAGGGACAGGGACAUCAUAAAUCAUCAGUCAAAGUCGACCGGCAGCGAUUCGGGCAGUUCGAUCGGAUCCGAUGUCUCGCCACCGGAAACACCGGGCAUGGUGUCCGUGAGUGCUGGCGGCGGCGGCGGAGGCGGUGGUGUGCUGCACGCUCGUUCUUCCAAUCGGUCCAACAUGCGCAACGUUAAUGGGCGGCUGGAGAAGCUGAACUACUCUCAGCACCAGCAGCAGCAACAGUUUGCGGGAGGGGAUCAAAUGGUGACAAGCGUGGGUCAAAAUUUUCUCAUUACCGGCACGGUUAAUGGUGCUGCGAUGAGCAGCAAUGGCAACAAUGGCGCCAGCGGUAGUAGCGUUGUGUCCGGUCCGCUUCUGAUUAGUCCUGCUGCUGCCGCACCGCCACCUCCGCCCGGUUCGACCGGAACGGGUCUGCUGUUCAGUACGCAGCCGUUUGCCACCGGUCCGUAUGCAGGCGGUGCCACCGGCUACCAAACGGUGUCCACUGCGUCUCACCUGGUGCAGCAACACCGGCAGCUAACGACGGCCACUCUCCCGCACGGUAACUCGUUCCGGCCAGCGCCCUACCCACCGGCGAUGCAGCAAAGCACACACGAAGGCAUAGUGUACCACUAUCAUCCGCCUGCUGGGGCCACGGUGCCACCGAGUUCUUUACCGUUCCUCCCGACGCCUCCUCCGCCUGGUCCUGGACCGGCCAGCUCGACGGCCAGCACUCAAACGUCCCUUCCCAAUUUACGAUCAUCCCCGUCACAACCGUCGGUGGCGGUGGCCACCUCGCAGCAAGCGGUCGUCAGCUCACUUGGUUUGUUACCAGCCAAGGGGACUGGCACUGAAUAUGGUGUCACCACACCGACGUUACCGUUGGUCGGGACAGCCUUUGGAACCGGGGCGGCCUCUUGUUACAACUGUGGCUCCCAGAAGCACGGUGGUCUCGAUUGUCCCGAGGCUUCGAUGGAAGACAUGACACGCAACUCAAACUUUACGCUCGACUACAACACCACCUCGUCCGGACCGUCGUCGGUAACGGGCAGUGGUGGGACACUGGGAGUGGCCAGCAACAACAACAACAACAACAACCUUAAUCCUAGCACCAUAAUCAGUCUGCCGCCACCAAUCGAUCACGCGCCGGCCAGUCUGGAUCGGGACAACAGCACCAGUAGCAGCAGCAGCAGUAGCGCCAGCAGUAGUAGCGGUGUGAGUAAGAGCAACAAUAAUGCCAACAGCGCCAACAACAACGGAAACAAUAGUAGCAAUAGUAGCAACAAUAGCAAUAACAGUUCGCUAGAUGUACCGUCGAGCUUGACGUCGGCGUCGUCCUCCUCGAUGGCGGCGGUGGGUGAGCCUACGGGCGUUAGCGGUGCGCCGGCAAGUGUUGCAGCAGCAGCAGUGGGUAGCAAUAGCAGCAGCACCGGCAGUAACACCACCAACAGUAAUAGUAACAAUCUCGUUAACGCCAGUGGUAAGUGA